UUCCUCCUAUAACUCCUCUUAAAACCCUCCCCUCUCUUAUCCUUUCCCGUCACUCCUCUACUCUCACUUUUCCGCUAACCCUAAUUUAUCUCUUCCCAAAAACUCCAUUGAAGAAAGUUCGAAAGCUCAAAAGCUCAAAAGCUUACACUUUCUUCACAAGAUGGCGUCUUCAGCAGCUCAAAUCCACGUUCUUGGAGCCACCCCUUUCACAUCAUCAACUUCAAAACCCUCUUCUUCUCGGUCAAACUCAAUCUUCUUCGGGCAGAAAUUAUCCCCUAGCACAGCCUCUUUCGGCACCCCUAAAUCCGCCUUUUUACGACUCCGUAAGAGCUCCGGCUCCCGUCGUCGGACCUCUGGUGUAGGUCCUGUAAGAGUCGUUAAUGAGAAGGUCGUAGGAAUCGACCUCGGAACAACAAAUUCUGCGGUUGCGGCAAUGGAAGGAGGGAAGCCGACUAUAGUGACGAACGCGGAAGGGCAGCGCACGACACCAUCGGUGGUGGCCUAUACAAAGACUGGAGAGAGAUUGGUGGGGCAAAUUGCGAAGCGGCAGGCAGUGGUGAACCCUGAGAAUACUUUCUUCUCAGUGAAGAGGUUUAUUGGGAGGAAGAUGUCGGAGGUUGAUGAGGAGUCUAAGCAGGUCAGUUAUAGAGUUGUUAGGGAUGACAAUGGGAAUGUCAAACUGGACUGCCCUGCUAUUGGUAAGCAGUUUGCUGCUGAAGAGAUCUCUGCUCAGGUGUUGAGAAAGCUUGUGGAUGAUGCGUCAAAAUUUCUGAAUGACCAAGUAACCAAGGCUGUGGUCACGGUGCCUGCUUAUUUCAAUGAUUCUCAAAGAACAGCGACAAAGGAUGCCGGGCGCAUUGCUGGGUUGGAAGUUCUUCGAAUUAUUAAUGAGCCUACUGCUGCUUCUUUAGCUUAUGGUUUUGAGAGGAAGAAUAAUGAGACCAUUUUGGUGUUUGACCUUGGAGGUGGUACAUUUGAUGUUUCAGUCCUUGAGGUUGGUGAUGGUGUGUUUGAAGUACUUUCCACUUCUGGAGAUACACAUUUGGGUGGUGAUGAUUUUGACAAGAGAAUUGUGGAUUGGCUUGCUGCGAGCUUCAAAAGAGAUGAAGGCAUUGACCUUUUGAAGGACAAGCAAGCUCUACAACGUCUAACUGAGACAGCUGAGAAAGCUAAGAUGGAAUUGUCAUCAUUAACUCAGGCAAACAUCAGCUUGCCAUUCAUCACUGCCACUGCUGAUGGUCCCAAACAUAUUGAGACCACUUUGACGAGGGCGAAGUUUGAGGAGCUGUGUUCCGACCUCCUAGAUAGGUUGAAAACACCAGUUGAGAACUCGUUGAGAGAUGCUAAACUAUCCUUCAGUGAUUUAGAUGAAGUGAUCCUAGUGGGAGGCUCAACACGUAUACCAGCUGUUCAAGAGUUGGUCAAGAAGUUGACGGGGAAGGACCCUAAUGUGACAGUUAAUCCUGAUGAAGUUGUUGCUCUUGGGGCUGCAGUACAGGCUGGUGUCCUCGCUGGAGAUGUCAGCGACAUUGUGCUUUUGGAUGUAUCACCGUUAUCUUUGGGUCUUGAAACCCUUGGUGGUGUAAUGACCAAGAUUAUCCCUAGAAACACUACGUUGCCCACUUCCAAGUCAGAGGUCUUCUCGACAGCUGCAGAUGGUCAGACAAGUGUUGAGAUUAAUGUGCUUCAAGGAGAACGUGAGUUUGUGAGAGAUAACAAAUCUCUUGGUAGUUUCCGUCUAGAUGGUAUUCCACCAGCUCCUCGAGGUGUACCUCAGAUUGAAGUCAAAUUUGACAUUGAUGCCAAUGGAAUUCUGUCUGUUACUGCCAGUGACAAGGGAACAGGAAAGAAACAAGACAUCACUAUUACUGGAGCCAGUACACUUCCUGGUGAUGAGGUGGAGAGAAUGGUUAGUGAGGCUGAGAGAUUUGCCAAGGAAGACAAGGAAAAGAGAGAUGCCAUUGACACUAAGAACCAGGCAGAUUCCGUUGUCUACCAGACGGAGAAGCAAUUGAAGGAACUUGGAGACAAGGUUCCAGGCGCCGUUAAAGAAAAGGUGGAAGCUAAGUUGGGAGAGCUCAAGGAUGCCGUUGCACAGGGUGAAACUCAAGCCAUAAAGGACGCCAUGGCUGCUCUUAACCAGGAAGUAAUGCAACUUGGUCAGUCUCUUUACAACCAGCCUGGAGCAGGAGGUGCACCUGGUGCUGGCCCAACUCCUGGAGGCGAAGCUGGUCCAUCAGAUUCAGGUAGCAAAGGACCGGAUGGAGAUGUCAUUGAUGCUGACUUCACAGACAGCAAGUGAGUUUAUUUGAAUUUGCCAAGCCUUAUAUUUUUCAACGGCUGUGUAUAAGAUUUUUUUUGGGCACAAAAUCCCAUGUUCGGUUGGUAGUUACUUUAGUUGUGAGAAAUUGGUAGGAAAAAUAUAGAUGUCGAAUUUUGUCAGUCUUGUUGCAUAUUUUGAAGUUUAUAUUACUUUGGAUUGUUCUUGUAAUCAAGAUAUGAGAUCAAUAAUAGGCAAGUAGAAGUCGACUAGCCUUUUAAUUUA